AUGCAGCCGACCACGCAGCCCACCCGCCUGACCUUCGCCCGCCUCGCCGCCAGCCUCGAGCGCCUCGCCGCCAGCCUCGAGCGCCUCGCCGCCACCCUCUCCACCCACUUCCCCGCGCCCCACGACGCCCAGCGCGCACACGCCCUGCACCGCGCCGUCGCCGCCGCGCUGAAAACGGUCCGCGCGCGCGCUCGCGGCGUCCCCGGCCCUUCGCCUGGCCAGAUCAAGCGCGGGCUGCAGGACGCGGUUGAUGGGAUCCAUGCGCGGUUUGAUGGGGGUGCUGCAUCCUCCACCACCACUGCCGCCACAGCAGGAGCAGCAGCAGCAGCAGCACCAGCACCAGCAGCAUCAGCAGCAGCAGCAGCAGCAGCAUCAGCAGCCACAGCAACAGCACCACCACCACCACCACCACGCCGCACCCUGCGCCCCCGCCCGCGCCCCGCGCCCGCCCCCCAGCGCAUCGAGAAACCCCCGCCCCGCGCCCGCGGCCGCACGCCCGCCCCCCGCGGCCCCGCGCCGCCCUCCGCGCUCCUCGAUCCCGCCGCCGCCGAGCGCGCGGCGGCCGCUGUCGCGCUCCUGGGGCUCGCGAGGCAUGGGGAGGGGACUGUGUUGAGGGGCGUGAAGGGCUCCUCCUCCUCCUUUUCCUCCUCCUCUGCUGGGGCUGCUGGGGCUGCUGCUGCGUCUGCGUCUGCGCCUACCACCCUCCGCGCACCCGCACCCGCACCCGCACCCGCACCCACACCCAGGCCCGCACCCGCGCCCGCGCCCACCGCCCUCCACGCCCCCCCAUUCGCCCCCCUCCCGCUCCUCCCCCCCUCGCUGACGCCACCCCGCGCCUUCGAGGCAGGCGUGCGGUACGCGGCUGCGCACUUUGGAGGCGGGGUGGGAGGGGCUGGGGUUGUGGAGUUUGUUCGGGGGGAGGUUGGGAGGAUGGAGAGGGAGGGGGAGAUGAGGGAGAUGAGGGGGGAGAUGAGGAGGGGGAGGGAGGAGGGAUAUGGGGUGCCUGCUGUUGGGUAUGCGGCGGUGGGGUCUGGGGUUGAGUUUGGGGGGAGGGGGUUUUGGGGUGUUGUUUAG